CGUUCUGUCACUGUCACAUGUAGAGCAGGCGACCAUUAGGGACAAGGUAGCGUUCAGCAGAAGAGAGAGAGAGAGAGAGAUAGAGAGGACGGUAGUCGCGUAUUGAAUUUUUUUUGCGUGCAUUAUUACAAACUUAGUGCCAGCCAGGUCUUCUGUGUUCAUCAUUGCAUGCUAGAGCAGAUCAUCCAGCGUUGGACUGGCAUCUGAUUACGAAAGAAACGGGACGGCACCAGUGGAAAUACUAUCUGAAAACUCCAUUAGCCUUGCUUCGUUCGUUUUACAAUUGCCAGCAGUCACAGUCAUAGUCACAGCAGCCUAUUUCUGAGGACGCGAAUCGCGAUCUCAGGGACCGCUGGAGAAGUCUCACCUUUUUGUCGUUUGAUUCAUAGACUGGUCACUGUAAUUUACGCAAUAGCCUAUUUUUCUGGACUGUUUGUAAAAUAUUUCUUUUUGGUCCAAAGUAGUCCAUGCAAGCCUAGUUGCUGUACCAUUUUUAAGAAACCUACGUGACGGACAGAUUCAAUCAUUACUCUCAAAAGGGACAAACGAGGGACCAUGGUGAAUCCUGGAGGUAGCAACCAGCCCCCUCCGGUGGGAGCAGGGUCCCUGUCCUGGAAGAGGUGUGCUGGCUGCGGGGGGAAGAUAUCUGACCGCUUCCUCCUCUACACCAUGGACAGCUACUGGCACAGCCGAUGCCUGAAGUGCUCCUGCUGCCAGGCCCAGCUGGGGGAGAUCGGCACCUCCUGUUACACCAAGAGCGGCAUGAUCCUCUGCAGAAAUGACUACAUCAGGUUAUUUGGGAACAGUGGGGCAUGCAGUGCUUGCGGCCAGUCCAUUCCAGCCAGUGAACUGGUCAUGAGGGCACAGGGAAAUGUGUACCAUCUCAAGUGUUUCACGUGUUCUACCUGCCGGAACCGGCUGGUCCCAGGGGACAGGUUCCACUACAUCAACGGCAGUCUGUUCUGUGAACACGACAGACCCACAGCACUCAUCAAUGGACAUUUGAGUUCACUGCAGACAAACCCACUACUGCCCGACCAGAAGGUGUGUUAGGAGGGAGGUGUGCAAGAAGCAGGAUGCGUGCCUUCAUUUUAACCCUAGCUCAUUGUCACCCAAUACUUUUUGGAUCGCUGACCCAUCCCUCCUGCCCCCAGC